UCAACCAGCAGAGGCGGUUUUGAAAUCAGUCGGUCCGAGGUUGUGUUGUGACCGUUGCUGUAUUUAUGAGUUCCAUCGCCGGAGCAGCCUGUGCGCUGCGAAACGAAGGCUUCUUUCGCGACCGGCGAUUGUUGCGCGCAGAAGCUCGCCGUCGCCACAAACGGUUCACUCUUCUCGGAGCACGAAGGCGCAUCGUCGUCGUCAGUGAGGCCUCAGGAACUGCGGCCGAGGACAGCGACAGUAGUGCUGCACCAUUCGCAUGUCGUCUGAGGAGCUGUAAGCAGCCGAAAGAACAAAAGACCUUGGGCACAAAAACUAAGGCCCCGUUUCGACCUCCGAGCCGAGAUCCAAGUCCCCGGUUGGCAACUUCCAACUAUGUGACUUUUCGGGAACAGCACAGGAAGUAUUACAACAGCAUCCGGCACACCUUUAUCGCCAAUGCAUCAUCGGCAGGCAGUGGCGGUGACCGCCACGCGAGAUGCAAGACUUCGAAUGCAACGUGCCAGCACUCUGGACGCCCUCCUUGGGAUGAUUCUACUAAGGUGUCAUUUGCUCCAGAAGGCUUCAAAGCCCUGAUUCCUGUGAGGCGCACUACCAGAAAGGCAUCUGUCAGAUUGAAAAAGGAUGAUAGUGCCGAGGAUGAGGCAAGCUUUGCCGAUUCAUCAGAAUGCGAGAAUGCAGCAGAGCCUAAGGGAGCCGAUCCGCUUUUGGGCUUCUCGUUUUUAUUCAAGCCUUGCAGUUUCUCCUUUCUGUCUCCGAGCAAGAGCACAUCUAAAGACAAGUCUUCAGCUGAGAAGGAUGCUCCUGCGAGUGUUGGCAAAGCUGGGAACGAGAAAAAAGAGCAGUUACCACCUAAGAAGGAUGCCCUUGCCAGCGUUGGCAACAUUGAGUCAGCCAGCCAGGACACCAAACUUGGUGGCUCAAGACGAAGGCAUCUGGCCAGCAAGGAAAACAAGCCACCUGUAGAGUCUCGUAGCUCCACCAAGUCGAAUGCCUUGUCCAAUCAAAAAGAAGCCAACUCAUCGUGCUCCAGUCCGGUCGACAGAGAGAAUUUGAAGAGCCGCUACAACUUCAGGCAAUUAAAAAGGACCUCUCACCAAGCAGUUUGAAGUUUGACGGGCAUCAUCAGUGCAGUGAUCUCCUGCCAUCACCAGUCACUAUUGCUGAAUUUGUAAAUGGGCCGUGCUUGCUUGGCUUUUCAUUUUAUUCUUUUAGCUGUGGAAGAGAAUGUUUUUGACACAGCGCAACGGCAACACUGUCCUUCUUUUCUAUUCGUCCAUGUUGUCGUUGUGCUGUGCCAAAAAUGUUCUAGCAUGCUUUUAUCAUUGUGUGUUCUACAGAGCUUUCGUCUCAACUCUGCUACGAAGAUGUAUUUUAUUCGGAGAUCUUGUGAGUUUAUUGCAUUUUACAAGAACCAAAAUCUGGGCAAGUUUAUAAAAUUGCAUAUUUGAACAGGUUGUGCAAAAGACUUAUAGGUACUAGGUAGAAAGACUCGUGACCAGUGCUAGCCUCGAAACCUAACGCCCAUGUGGCAUCUGCUGAAAUACUGCCUAAGCAGUCAUUUCGUAAUAUUUCGUUCAGUCCAAGGGAUACUGCUGUGCGAGUGCCACGUGAGCAUAAAUUCUGGAUAUUGUGAGAAUCCAGGGGUUGCCUCAAUGUCUUUAUUGGUCCCUCCCCCCCCCUUCUUUCACCUUCGAAUUUCCGCUGCGCAGUGCUGUGCAGCAUACAGCACACAACAAAUGCACGACAUUCGUUUUGACUGCUCUAUAUCACUCACUGCGAGAGACAAAAACUUGUCACACACUGGGACACAAAAACCAGUUUUCUUAAUUACAAAAGUACCCCAUGACUCGUUUCUCUUCAAAGUAUACGUGGUUGUGCUCUUCUGAUUUUUGAAUACUCGUAUAAAGUAUUCUGAAAAUAGAAAAAUGUACUCUUGGUUUGAGUUGAUUUGAUUUGUGUGGUAUAACGUUUCAAAACCGCUAUAUGAUUAUGAGAGACGCCAAAUUUUGGUUUGAGCUAAAGGUAAUAUUGGAUAGAGAUGACAUUGGAGCAUAACUCAACUGUCAGGGUAACUAGUGAAUAUUGAUUGGGUUGACUGAAAAUUUCGAGCAGCUGGGAUUGCUGUGGCACCUGGCAGCUGUGGGUAACUAAUGAAUAUUGAUAGGUUUGAUUGAAAGUUUCGAGCAGCUGGGAUUGCGGUGGCACCUGGCAGCUCAGAUUUCAAUCAUGUGCUUCUUUCAUGUCCUCAGAGAUGUAUAUCAGCAGCACGCAAAGCGCGAAAUUCACCCUAGGAACGCCACCAGAACACGCGAUGAUGCGAGAGUUUCACUGCCAAACGCUCAAGUUGAAGACUAUGGUCACCUCCAGAAUUUUUAUUACCAUUAGUAUGUAGUAUUGAUCAUUAAUGUGUGUGCUAUCUGCCUUUUCCACAGUGCCACAGUGCGUGCGCCCUUCCCCUAGGGGGAAUGUUGCGAAAAGCGUCCUGGUCUCCGAGUCAUUCUUUCUAGCAAUACCAGUUUUUCCGGUCCCUAUCGAAACCCUACCGAAACGCCAGAGCACAGCACAGGAAAAUGGAAAAGGCAGAUUGUGAUCAGUUGCCGUUGAAACAUUUUCGACACCCACCCCUUCUGAAAAAGAAUUGUAUCCGCACCCGUUAAUUUAUGUCGCCGUUUCAUUGUGUCAUGCUUCACCUUUGCACUCAUGUACCACAAGAGCUUUCAUUUAUUACCAUAAUCAUAUCUUCAUCUCUUUACUUGUGUGUUAACUAUGUAUUCAUAGUUAUUCAUUCAUGCUUCAUUUAGUGUUUGGACAAUCACUGCAUUGGUGACCCAUUGAAGAUGCAGUGAGCUGAAGAGUGCAUGCUGCGUUUUUUACGUGCUUUUAAUUUUUCGGUCGACAUUAUUUUUUUUAAUAGUAAAGUUAGAAAAGAGGGGGAACUGAUUUCUACCUUAGUGAAGUUAGAGCUGUAGAACAGUUGCAGCAGAGUUGCCUUUUUUUCCCAUUUCAUAUGUUCUAGGUAAGCUUGUGCGAUUAUUCGAUUGCUUCGAAUAUUCGAACGAGUAUGGGAGUAUUCGAGUUCGCUUCAGUUCGAUUUUAAAUUCUGAUUUCUUCAGGCAAGAGCACGGUUUGGGAAUUUGUCAAUUUUGUUAUUUUAAAGGAAUGGAAAUAACGGAGAAGUGUACGUCUCUAUUUAACCCUCUUUAAAGAUUGUUUCACUGCAGUGGAUAGGUGCUAGGCCGUAAAAGCACCUAUUUAGGUGUAUAGAUCAAUUCACAUGUAACUCCUUGUAAAAAAUAAUUUCACUGCUGUGAAGGGGUGCUAAACCAUAAAAACUCGUAUCCAGGAGAAAUCCGCUCUGCCGCCAAGCCCCACUUCAAGGUAAUAAAUAUAUUGUAUAGUAAAACUUAAAACUUAGCAUAUUUCAUAUUCCCUCUUGCAAGUCGCAUAAAGUCGAAUCUUGUUACUAUUAAAUGUUUUCCACUUCCUUUGAGCAAAUAAGGCAUUUGCAUAGACCUUGUUUUAAUUCUUAUAAAAUAUUGUUCAAUUAAGUUUGGUCAUAUCAAAUAUGCCCACUUCUUUAUAAUAUUGAAUUGGUUCUGAAAUUAUUAGACCGAAAGCUCUAUUUGCUUGGAACUUCGGGUUUACUAUUCGCACAAGGCUAGUUCUAAAUUGUGUAAGGAGAUGAGCACCAUGAUGAUGAUGAUGAUGCUUCAUCGGCUCGCCUUGCACUGGAUUACUGCCUUGCGGGCCAUUAGUCGGGUGGAUCAUACAUACUGAAUUUGAUCAAUAUUUAGUAAGAGAUAAAAUAAUUUCGAGAUGAUUUUCUAAUGUAAUGUUAAUUAUGAAUUGCAAUUUUAAGUUGCACUAUUCUCUGUAAUAUCCCAGAGACUGAAGAUCUUUUGACUAGGAAGGCUGAAUAAAGAAAUGUUAGUAGUUGAUAACCUAACUAAAUCUAUUCGAGUCACAUAAGCUUUUCGACAGCUCUGAAAAUAUUCCUGUCCGAGCACCCCAGCGCAAAGGCCCCAAAUGAACCAGUACCAUGCCCCAUUUAUUGCACUGGUUUGUCCUCUUCAUUGGUGUAGUGGUUGCAAUGCUUGGCUGCAGACCCAAAGGUCGCAAGUUUCAUCCCAGCUGUGGCAGUCUCGUUUUGAUAGAGGCAAAACGCUACAGGCCCAUGUACUGAGCAGUGUUGGUACAGGUUAUUAAAAAAUGCAAGAUUAUCAAAUAUUCUGGAGCCUUCCACUAUGCAUGCCUUAUAAUAUCGUGGUUUCGGCAUGUAAAGCCCAGAUAAUAAAUAUUACUGCAUUGCAUUGAAUGGACAGUAAUCAUCAUUGGCAGUCAGACAGGAAUUUUAGUUGACCACCACAGUAUUAUUCUUUGAAUUCUACCUUGAUACAAUGAUUUCCAUAGCAGCUGUGAUGAACUGUAGAAACUGUAAUGAAACUUGAAGUGACCCGAAAAACAUUUAAAGGGACACUAAAGUGAAACAAUGGCUUGGUUUUCAUUGAGAAAUCAUACCUAGAAUUCUGUUUCAAGUUUCACCAUUACAAGUUGAUUACUGGAGGAAAAUUUCACGCCGAAACAACACUGGUAUCAAAAUGUAUUUUUUGUAUUUUUGGUAUUCUUGGGACAUUGGCUCCGCCAGAUUUUUCGAAACAUUGUAUGAUAGAUCUGUCCUCCACUGAUUACAAUGCACUUGAUUUUUACCAAUUAUGAAUUGCGCAGAAUCCAGCAGGCUCCGUCAAAAUCUUAUGUCAUGGUGAUUGGUGUGGGAAUCUUAAGGUGGCAUCUCCACUCGCCCUAUAAAGUGUAUAUGUAAAGAGUGCCUCUAAUUAUUUUUUUCUUUUAGUCUUUUUUUGUAUUAUCCUGUACAUUACUGUCAUGAUCUUGGGAUAGCCAUUUCUAAUGUAGCCUAUCUUCCGAUGUUUUGUCAAAUGUAACUACAUAAAAACUAAUUCACUCGCA